GUUGCAAUUGUUUAUCUCGUCGGAGAUAUAUCCUUCACUUGUCGCAUCUUUGAUUUCAUAACAUAACCACUCAUUUCAACUCUAGUGAAGGGCAGACGUUAAAGCAUCGCGCAUCUAGGGGAAGUACUCAAGGGCUGUAAUCUUUAAACCACGACCAUCUCUCUUGAUAUACCGCAUCGCACCAAGAUCUCAUCGGCUUCAAUAAAUGGAUCAUGAUUUGGUAGUACUGCAACAACCUGGUUGCGGAUGCAUCGCUUCAAAUGAACUAUAUCCUCCACCAAAUUACCACGGACGGAUCCCGAUUGGACCAGCAAUCAUCUUGCGCUUGAUAGGUGAUGAAAUUGCCCCAUUUGAUGGGUACCGGCUUCGAUGUACCUUGAAUUUACUUGAUUCAACAGGGCAGCAAGAGCUACCUGGCAUGCUUAUUGGACAUACGGUUGCAAAUCACUUCAACGGGAGAGAUUUGCAUGGGCAAUGGAAAUGCUUCUUCAUCUUCGGCGAUACGGCAGUAAGGGAAUUCGGCGUCUUUCGGCUAAGGGUCGAUCUACAACGUGUAUGGCCGGAUUCACGAGAGCCCGAGCUAUUGGCAACCGUGGUGACCAAUUCCUUUCCGGUGGUACAAAACUCGGAAUUCCCGGUUCCAGGGGUAGAGUUAAAAACCGAACUCAGUGACCAUCUU